UCCAGCUCUGCCCCGGGCGGGCCGCGCAGAGGGGAGGACUCCGGCCUGGACAGUCCUUCCGCGGGUCCCGCCCCGACGUGCGUCCCAGGUGCGCGCUCCUCCCCGCGUUCCUCCCCGCGCUCCUCCCCGCGCUCCUUCAGCCCCGCCUGCGCCGCGAACCCCGGGCCCGCGUUUCCUGCGCUCCAGCUCAGCUCGCUGCCGUAUUUCAUCCCUGCUCUUACCGUCAGGCUGUAAAACUCUAUUUUAAUACCUUCCCCGAGCUCUCGACCCCGGUCUUACUCUCUUCUUUUUCUUCUCCGUCAAAGGAAGUCCUUUUUUUCAGUCCCUGUCUCUCUGUAUCCUCACCCUCUUACCCAGAUUUUGCUUUCUUGGCUUACCCUCCUCCUUCUCGAGGUCGGGGCAACUCCGCGCUCCGACGACCUUGGCCCCCCGAGGAGGUGGGAGCGCUGGUCCCCACGCACCUGCGCGGGCUCUGGGCCUCCCUUGCUCUCGGCCGUUUGUGCCCCCAGCGCUGAGCCUGCGCGUUCGCCAGAGACCCGCCCCACGUCUGCUGAGGGUCCGCCUGGCUGAUCACUUCUUAUUAGUCUCCGGUCCAGAGGAGCCUGCCUUUGGAGCCUGUGGACUAAGUCCCUCCUCCCCGGCCUUCCAAGACCCCCAGUCCCCUGGGCGGCCCCCUUCUUGGGUCCCCGUCACCCCCUGUCCCAGGCCUUGCCCUCCCGUUUUAUCCUACACGCUGCUGACAAGUGUGCCUCCCGGAAAUGCACUUUUCAUUAUUUUCCUGCCUUCAUCCUAAGCCCAGCGUCGUCUGCAUUUCCUUCCAUGACAACUGACCGCCUCUGCUGGCCCCCGACAUCCGCGGACCCAGACGCGCUUAGUCCUUGUAAUGUAGACAGGCUUCCCAGGUCUGGGGAGGUGGAUCUUCUCGCUGUCCAAAGCACCCCUCACCCUUUGCCCUUUGCCCGCUGUUGGCAGACCCCUGGCAACCGUCUGACCCCCCCCUGCCCGACAGCACCCAGCUGCAUUAGGCCUGGAGCUCCGCUGUCUCCAAACACUUUUACUUGUUUAUUGUAAAAGAAUUUUGGAAAACUCUGCAUCCUUCCAUACAUUUUUAAGAUGACACCUGAAAAUUUUCAUCCUAAGUGUAAACAUGUAGAGGCUAUAAUUACUAAAAUUUGACAUAAGGAGUAGGCAGCUUCUGAGAUGUCCCCCACCCCAUCCCACCUCCUGGUAUUUGCUUUCUUCUGUAUCUCCCUACCUUGAGUGUGCGCUGGGCCUAGUGACCUGUUUCCAGCAAUAGCAUAUGAGUAGGAUGAGACAAAAGACAAUGGGGAGUCACUGACAAGAUUAGGCUACGAAAGACCCGGACCUGGGGUUGCUCAACCCUUUUCCGGUUGCUGUGCGCUGCCCAUGGAAAGGCCCAGGCGACCAAGAGCUGAGAGAGUUCUGGUCAACAGCCAGGAAGAAGCCAAGCCCAUCAUUUCACAAUAAUGAUGACCGGGAGUCAGUGAUCAAAAUAAUGCAACGAUAACGUGAGUUCUGGCCGGCCGGAGGCCUCCCGACCCUGAGCGCCCGAGGUGAUGGCUGGGGCAGCGGCAGCCACCCUGGUCCCUGUGCUGCACUCGGUGGCCGGCGACAAGUCUGGCUACCACGUGGGGCAGCAGCUGCGGUUCGGCUUCAUCGCUGUGUACGAAGUGGUGGUGCAUGUGGUCCCCAUGCCCCGGGCCCUCAUCCACGAGGACGUCUGGUGCCACGGCAACAUCACCUGCCGCUGCUUGGCCGAGUGCUUUGAGAACCGUUUCAGCAGCCUCACCGUGGGGCUGGGGCGCUUCUCCUUCUUCUGCUUCCUCAUGGAGUUCUUCAUGGCCCAGGUCCGGCACAAGCAGAUCAAGGCCAGGUCGGUGGAGUCGGUGGCAGGGGACGUGGAGGAGGGCUCCGUGGUGGGCAUCCGGGAGCAGGUGCCCUCCCCAAAGACGGCCGCCCCCAACUUCUACUGGGAGGAGAUGCUGCUGUGUCCCUGCUGUACUUCCUGCUGCAGGUGGGCGCGCAGUGCGUGUUCCUGUUCCUGCUCAGGUACCAGCACCCGCCCCUGGUCAGCCAGGCCACCGUCCACUGCAGCACUGACAGCUGCCCCGGGCCCUUCUUCUGCGUCAUCUGCGGCCCCACAGAGAAGCGCGUGUCCAUCUACACGCUCAUCGCUGUGUCCAUCGUGAUCAUCCUCUUCUGCUCCGGCUUCUUCUUCUACAGCGUCCACCACUACCUGCUCCAGGGCUGGCCCAGCGCCACGUUCUGUCCCGGCUGACGCUGGGGGUCUGGGUCCCUCCGAGCUCUGUCCUCGUGGGGCUUCCUCCCGCCGACCUUCGCUUUCCUCCUCCGCAAAAUAAAUGUGUGUGUUUACGUCCC